AUGUCGGAUGACAUCACAGCCCAGGAGUGGAGCAGUUGUGCUCACCCUCCAGAUACGAUGAAUUUUCUUGCGGGCCAAUCAAACGUUCGUAUGGCCGGUGACUUUCAUUAUGCCGCGGCUCAGGCUUCUGCCCUCAUGGUUGCUGCCGCCGACCGGGUUUGCCACGCCAACAUGAGUAAAACAUGGUUAAAAACUUUGCAAGUGGCUGUGACAAGCAUAAGGGAGGAACUCCAGGAUUCAAAGGAUGAGCGCCAAGUACUUUUUGAGCAAAAUUGCAUUGUAGCUUGCAAAAAGGCCACUUUGUAA